GGAAAAUUUCACCAACUCUCCAGCAUCUCCCACGGUUUGCCUGCGCUCCCACGCCUCGGGCAGGGUGAAACAAAAGGCUGCCGGUGGUUUCCGUCGCUGUUCCCAGGUUUGCAACUGAAACCGGGGGGCAACCUCGGCCUUAUAAGAAGCACCCCUGCCAUGCUCUUAUCAUAUUCCUCACAACCCACUCGGAGUUUUGAAGCUUGCAGUGAUCGCAAUUGUUUUAAUUUCCAUCGUUUCUUUUGCUACUCCAAAAGAGAUACCAGUUGGUGGAAGAUGAGCUCUUUGCAGGCUUGGGUUGCUGAGCACAAGCUCACCAGUGUGGGAGCGUUCUGGGCUUCCGCCAUUGGAGCCUCACUGGCUUACACUCGCAAGAGGGCUCCACUUGCUAAGCCCAGCCUUCGGCUCAUACACGCGAGGAUGCACGCCCAGGCUCUGACGCUGGCCGUGCUCUCGGGUGCAGCGCUGCUCCACUACUACGACAGCAAGAAUGCCAUUGAUGAUGACGAAAAAGUUUGUCCCACCACCCUCGUCUAGAUGUUUUUAAGGGGGUUUCAAUAUGUCUGCUACUUUGUUGGCAACGGCCAAGAGAGUGAGAUGUGAUGAUCUUGUUAUGGGGGGUAGUAAGAUUGUUGCUCUCCACAUCUUGCCUAUUUGUACUUUGGUAUGGACUAUGUUAUGUGAUUUUGAGCAAAUGAACAAUUUCAAUGGAAUAUGAUCUCUUCUGUAACAAA